GAAAUCAGCUUUAACUAAGGACAGUAAACAGUCUCAUAGAUUUUUUUGAUCAGAUUUGUUUGCAACAGUGAUUGCGACGUUUCAACAUAACCUUUACUAUUUCUUCACAUAUUUUUUUAGAGAAAAUGUUCAGUAAUCAUUAACCGAACAUGGCCCCUAACCUUUCUUUCUACUUUCUCUGGGUGAUUUUAUUCCUGACAACAUGGAGGCGAGAUUUGUCAGAUUCGCUCUUCUGCUUUGGGUUCCUGGAGUGCUGCAUGCUCAAAGUGCACAGCCUUGCAGCGCUCCCAGCCUGGAUGCAGGUUAUUUUCUACCAGUGCAGGAAUCAUAUCCUCAUGGAACUAAGAUCAGUUAUGCCUGUGAUGAUGGAUAUAGACCAGCAGGAAGAGGCUGGUGGGGAACCAGCACAUGUCUAGAUGGUAAAUGGUUUGGUGUGCCAAUUUGUAUUGGAAGUCUUCAUACCUGCAGCGAGCCCCCUAAAAUCCCCAGUGCCAUCAUUAUUAAUCAGGAUUACCAGGAGGUGUUUGCUCUAGAUUCAGAAGUGGAGUAUCAGUGUAAACAUGGAUUUACAACAGAGGAAGGAGCCACCAAGAAAUCUGUCUUUUGUAGAGCCGGACUUUGGACUGACAGCCCGACGUGUACAUUAUCUACCAGCCCCGGACCAAAGCAUCCUGAACCUCCUGUCGUAUCCAUUGAUAACUGUGGAGAGUUCCCUGAUGUUCUAAACGGCGUUAUGGUGCGACAGAGCGAACGGUCUUUGACGUACGAGUGUCAAAUGUAUUACAAGCUAGUUGGCUCUGGUACAGUGGUGUGUCACAGUGGUGGCUCGUGGUCUGCAGUCCCCACAUGUAAAGAGGACUACUGUGUUCUGAAAUCUGGAGUGCAUCCUAAAUUUACAGUUACUGCCGAUGUGUACUUCAACAAUGGGGAGGCAAAGGAGCUGGAAUGCACAGGGAGGUUUUUCACGAAAAAUUAUUCUGUGGUCAGGUGCAUCGAUGGGAAAGUUAUUGCAUCCAACUGUUGCAACCGGAUUCAGUGGAAUGCAGGAAGAGCAGAGAGGAGCCCCACCAGGAACCCCCCACCAACACCCACAGAGUGCCGAAACCCCCCGGGGCUCCGUCGGAAGACAGCUACGCCGGAGCAGAUCCAACCUUGGGCCCAGAGACCUGAGGCCCAGUGGCGGGCGCCCCACAGCAGGGCCCCGACAGAGCUGUUGUGA